GCGUCCUCCUCCCUCUGCUGCGUCUUGCACAGCGCAGCGCGCACUGCUCCAUAUUCCAACUCAUCACCUGAGUGAGAGUGUCUGCGGUGUCUGCGGUGUUUGCGGUGUUUGCGGUGAGGACGAGCAUCAUGGGGAGGUUAGACGACCUGCGGCAGUUUAACUUGCUGAAAUGGCUCAGGGAGGAGAGACAGUCGAGGAAACUGAUUCUUUUCAUUGUUUUCGUGGCGCUGCUCCUGGACAACAUGCUGCUCACUGUGGUCGUUCCCAUCAUUCCCAGUUACCUGUACACUCUGGAUGAGACAGCAGAGGUGAACGUCACAGUGACGCAGCAGCAGCAGCAGACUCCUGGUGGAUCCUUCCACAGCAUUGUGUCUUUAUAUGACAACUCUGUGAGACUUCCUGUUACCAACAGCACAGACAGACCCACCACGGUGGUCCCCACACACCAGGACCUGCCACACAACUCGUCUGACUGUCCCCAGUCUAAAAAACGGCUGCUCAAUGAGAACGUCAAAGUGGGAUUGUUGUUUGCAUCCAAGGCCACAGUCCAGCUCAUCACCAACCCCUUUAUAGGACCACUGACCAACAGAUAUCAAAGCAAUAACCUGCCAAUCGUACAAAUGCUGUUCUCCGCUCUGUGUCUCUUCAGAAUAGGAUACCAAAUUCCAAUAUUUGCUGGUUUCUGUAUCAUGUUCCUCUCCACCAUCAUGUUUGCCUUCUCAUCGAGCUACGCUCUGCUGUUUCUGGCCAGAUCGCUUCAAGGCGUGGGCUCAUCCUGCUCCUCUGUGGCUGGAAUGGGAAUGCUUGCUAGUGUGUACACAAACGAUGAGGAGCGAGGUCACGCCAUUGGGAUCGCUCUGGGAGGCCUGGCACUGGGAGUGUUGGUUGGGCCUCCGUUCGGCAGCGUGAUGUACGAUUUUGUUGGGAAGACGGCUCCUUUCCUGAUUCUGGCGUUCCUGGCUGUGUUUGAUGGAGCUCUGCAGCUCUUUGUUCUUCAGCCCACCAAGGUUGAACCAGAGAGUCAGAAGGGAACUCCACUGUUGACACUGAUGAAGGAUCCAUACAUUAUAAUCGCAGCUGGUGCCAUAUGUUUUGGAAACAUGGCCAUAGCCAUGAUGGAGCCAACACUGCCACUCUGGAUGAUGGAGACCAUGUGUGCCAGGAAAUGGCAGCUAGGCAUUGCUUUCUUACCUGCGUCCAUCUCCUAUCUUAUUGGAACCUACAUCUUCGGCACAUUGGCGCACAAGAUGGGAAGGUGGCUUUGUGCUCUGAUCGGAAUGAUGAUGGUUGGAAUCAGUGUUAUAUGUGUUCCAUUAGCUCGUGACAUCUACGGUCUGAUUCUUCCAAACUUUGGCGUUGGCUUUGCUAUUGGAAUGGUGGACUCCUCCAUGAUGCCUAUUAUGGGUUACCUGGUGGACCUGCGGCACGUGUCUGUUUAUGGAAGUGUGUACGCCAUCGCUGAUGUGGCUUUCUGCAUGGGAUUUGCUUUGGGUCCAUCUAUUGGAGGAUCCAUAGCUGAGAACAUCGGCUUCCCCUGGCUGAUGACCAUUAUUGGAGUUGUGGAUAUUUUCUUUGCUCCACUUUGCUUCUUUCUCAGGAGUCCACCAGGACAAGAAGAAAAGAUCGCCAUUCUGUCAGACAGCAACUGCUCACUGAAGACGAUGUCCUACUCCACACAAGGAACGCACGUUCAGGGUGAAACCAUGGAGCCAGAGUAUGACGAUUAAGAGCUUCAUCCUUCAGAGGAUCUAUUUUGUUGUACAAAAAAAGGGAACAGAAAAAAAUCAACAGCCAAGAUAUUUCCAUGUGAAUGUCCUGCGGUCAGUCUUUACUGUUCGGUGUCUUCUUAGCAGUCGUACUGGAGCAAACCAAAGUUGUUCUUCAUCUGUGUUUGCAAGCGCAUCGUGUGAGAGAUAUUUUUUAGCCAACAGCCUUAUUCAAUAGGGACAUGUGUCAUGAAGCACUUUUAGACAGUAGGCGGGUGCUGAGCGACAGAGUUUGGUGUGCAGUGUGCUGGUAUGUGGGGUUAUUUAUUGUGUACUAUGUCAACAAAACUGUUGUUUGUGUAAAACUUGAUGGACA